AUGGAGGUGAGAGGUUAUCAAUGUGAACAAAAACCAUUGAAAUGCUCAUCAGAUUGUAGUAAUAAUGAUGGUGGUAUUUGUAAUAAUAUUAAUGGUAAAUGCGAAUGUAAUGAAAAUAGAAUAUUCGAUGAUUGUAGUGGUAGACUAUGUAAUGAAGGAUUAGGUUGUAGUAAUGGUGGAAUUUGUGAUUAUUUAUUUGGUCAAUGUAAUUGUACUAUUCAAUGGACUGCUUCAAAUUGUGCUCUUGGUAAUCUAUUUAUACUAAAUGGUUGGUUUGGUAGUGAAAUUUUUCGAAAUGAUCUAACUAUUAAAGUAAAUCAAAUAGAAUGUGACAUUGUUGCAGAUUCUGACUAUAUGGUCGAAUGUUAUCCAUCAGACAUCUAUUGUGACCAAUAUAAUAAUAAUAAUCUGGAAUUAUCAGUUGUUCAAAACAAUGUUCAUUGGAGUGGAUUUUAUAAUCCAACACCUUUAGAUGGUGUUAGCGUGUGUAUUAAUAAUGGUAGUAUUAGUAGUAGUAAUAGUAGUAGUAAUAGUAGUGGCAAUGAUAUUAAUGGUGAAAAUAAGGAGGAUGCUCAAAAUCCAAAAUUUUCCAGAAAAAAUAUUUUAAUUAUAGAAAAAUAUUUAAAGAUAAAAAAAAUUUCACAGAGUUGGAAGAAACAGAUAUUAAAUUUUAAUAAAAUCUUAAAUGAGGUCUCUAAAAGAGGGGUUGGUUAA